CCAGAAACGAUUAUUUCGUUAUUUACACUUUUCUAUCAAAGAUUAAAGAUAAUUAGUUAAUUAACGUUAAAUUAAUUGUCAUCGCCGGUUGUUCUCAUAUUUUUAGACAUACUAAUUGUCACACUGCUUGAAAACAAUGGCGCAACGGAUGAGCAUCGACCAGCCACAAUCCGGCCAAGGACCGGCUUUUGUAGGGAUCAAGUUUUGUCCGGAAUGCAACAACAUGUUGUACCCGCGAGAAGAUAAAGAGAACCGACAGUUACUUUAUGCCUGCCGAAAUUGCGACUACAAGCAAAUUGCGGACAACAAUUGCAUCUACGUAAACAAGAUUACGCACGAAAUUGAUGAAUUGACCCACAUCGUCAGCGACGUGAUUUCUGACCCCACUCUUCCCCGAACUGAGGAUCAUCCUUGUCCUAAAUGUCAGAGUAAGGAGGCCGUCUUCUUCCAGGCGCAGACCCGACGGGCUGAAGAUGAAAUGAGGCUGUACUACGUCUGCACGAAUCAACACUGUACUCAUCGAUGGACCGAGUGAAGAAGAUUAAAAUUCAAAAAUGUUUUGUAUUUCAUUUCGAUAAGUUUGUUUUUUACUUUUAUUUAUUCUACGGAUUAAGAAUGAAUACAGAUUAAUAAUUUGUUACACUUCAA